AUGUCGGUCGAGAUCGAUCCUUUGGAGCUCGGCUUCCGCCGGCCCUUCACCGUCGAGGUUGCGAAUAUCCUCAAGAUCAGAAACCCCAACAAGUCCCCUGUUGCCUUCAAGGUCAAAACCACAGCGCCGAAGCAAUACUGUGUCAGGCCCAACUCUGGGCGCAUCGAGCCAGAUCAUGAGGUGGAGGUCACAGUGCUCCUUCAGGCGAUGAAGCAAGACCCACCUCUAGACACUAAGUGCCGAGACAAGUUCUUAGUUCAGUCUGUCAACAUUUCUGGCGACAAGGAGUUCACCAGCGUCCAGCAGAUCUGGGAUUCUGUCGAGAAAGCCCAGAUUCAGGAGAAGAAAAUCCGAGUCAACUUCUUGCCAGCCGGAGACUCUGCUACGGGCCCUGGAGCGACCCCGAUCAGACAGCAUCUCUCCAAUGGCGUUGAGGCAACUCCCGAUGCCCCUCCCCCGGCCUAUUCGUCUCCCCAAACUGACAACAUUGGUGGCUCUGCCGAAUCGCCCAUCUCAGAGACCAAGGGCGAACCCGAUGUUGCUCCGUCAGUCGUGUCUGGCGUCACCGCAAAGUCAUCCGCCGAAUCAAACGUGAGCGACUCAAAGCCGCUAGUGGCGGAGUCCGAAGGUGUGAGGCAGCGAAAGGGCGUUGUGGGAGCAGUCGUUGAGAAUACACCUUCAGCUUCCGAGCUGGCUACAGCUGUAAGACCACCCGCAACUGAGGGUGUGCCUGUUCGCAUUGUGGCAUUGCUAUGCCUGGCCAGUUUCCUACUGGCGUAUUUCUUCUUCUAG